GAUCCACGGACUAAACCGAACAGUCCACUGCUUCACGGCAUGAUCCGGCACAGGGCGCCUUCUCACCUGCGCACUUGGCUCUAAAACCGGCACUUUUUACUGUCUAUUUUUUUUUUUUUUUUCAUUUUCCAAAAGAAAACGAACUUCUUUUGACUCAAAAGUUGGACUUAACUCAAGUUGUCGGAGUUACAGCACCGCGACUGAGAUUUAUUGAAAACAUGACUGCUGACAAGGAGAAAAAGAGGAGCAGCUCGGAGCGGCGUAAGGAGAAGUCCCGGGAUGCGGCGCGCUGCAGACGCAGCAAGGAGACGGAGGUGUUCUACGAGCUGGCCCACCAGCUGCCAAUGCCCCACAGCGUCAGCGCUCACCUGGACAAGGCCUCCAUCAUGAGGCUGGCCAUCAGCUUCCUGCGAACGCGCAAGCUGAUCGCGACAAGCAGCGGCAGUGGCAGCGGCAGCGGCAGCGGCAGCGGCUGUAAUGGCGCGGAGGAUGAACUCAUGGACAACAUGUACCUGAAGUCUCUGGAGGGCUUCAUCACCGUGGUAACAUCAGACGGCGACAUGAUCUUCCUGUCAGAGAACAUCAACAAAUUCAUGGGCCUCACACAGGUGGAGCUCACAGGUCACAGCAUCUUUGACUUUACCCACCCAUGUGACCAUGAGGAGAUCAGAGAAAACCUCAGCCUGAAGUCAGCAGGGAGCUUCCGUAAGAAAGGCAAAGACGUGAGCACAGAGCGAGACUUCUUCAUGAGGAUGAAAUGCACGGUGACCAACAGAGGACGCACCGUCAACCUCAAGUCAGCAAGCUGGAAGGUGCUGCACUGCACCGGCCACCUGAAGAUGUACGACGGCUGCCCGUCGCGGGUCCUCUGUGGCUACAAGGAGCCUCCGCUCACCUGCGCGGUCCUGAUGUGCGAACCCAUCCAGCACCCGUCCAACAUCGAGGCGCCGCUGGACAGCAGGACGUUCCUGAGCCGACACAACAUGGACAUGAAGUUCACCUACUGCGACGACAAGGUGACAGAGCUGAUAGGGUACUCCCCUGAGGACCUGAUGGGUCGAUCAAUCUACGAGUUCUACCACGCCCUGGACUCAGACAGCGUCACCAAGAGCCACCACAACUUGUGCACCAAGGGUCAGGCAGUGAGCGGUCAGUAUCGCAUGCUGGCGAAGAACGGAGGCUACGUCUGGGUCGAGACUCAGGGAACUGUCAUUUACAACAGUCGCAACUCUCAGCCACAGUGCAUCGUGUGCAUCAACUAUGUCCUGAGUGAUGUGGAGGAAAAGUCAGUGAUUUUCUCCCUGGAGCAGACAGAGGCACUGUUCAAGACGCCCCACAUGAGCAGAUUCUUCACCGCCGAGGGAGCAGGCAGGACCGCGGAACCGGGAGAUUCCCUCUUCACCACCUUCAAGGAGGAGCCGGACGAAUUGGCUCAGCUGGCUCCUACACCUGGAGACACCAUCAUUUCCCUUGACUUUGGUCACCCUGAGUUGGAGAAAUCCCAGCAUCCAGCACCAUUCACCCCGGUGUCUUCUGCAUCCAUGCACCCUUCUGGACCUCCAUCCUGGACCAGCGAGAGCCGUAAGCCAGCGCCUGCCCCUACAGCCCAGACCCCAGCUUCAGCUUCAGGGGACGUGCCUAACAGAGCCGGUGCAUUCACCGUGCAGCAGAAUCCUCCACCAGGCAGCGCCACCCCGAGCCUCAGCAGCUGCUCCACGCCCAGCAGCCCAGGUGAUUACUACAGCUCAGUGGAGAGUGACCAGAGGUUAGAGCUCACUGAGAAGCUGUUUGCUCUGGAAACUGAAGGAAACGACAGCGACGCACACACAGAGGAGGACUUGAGUGACUUGGAUUUGGAGACUUUGGCGCCCUAUAUCCCAAUGGAUGGAGAGGACUUCCAGCUGAAUCCAAUCAUUCCAGAGUCAGAGCCCCUGGAGGUGGCUCAAACAGGAUCCAUGGGGAGCAUGAGCAACCUAAACAUCCAUCAGAGCUGCAACAAUGUCGCCAGCCUCUUCCAGCCACUCACUUCCCCUCGUCAGCCUCAGAAUCGCUACCCCCCACAGCCACAAGCGUCCUGGGCCACCGGUGAGAGGAGAGGCUCCAACCCGGCUUCUGUGGACACCCGACAGAGGUCAUGCAUGAUGCGCCCCACACAGAGUCCCCAUUUCCGAGGCCCAGCCAGCACACCUCUGUCCUCCAUGCAGUGGCCUCCAGACCCAAUAAUAACCUACCAACAACGGUCGGCAAAGGCCUGUCUGAUGGACAACCUGUCAGGUGAAGAGCGCCCAUCGUGCCAGCAGAACAUAUCCUAUCUAAUGCACAAACAGAGGUCCGUUGACAAUUUUGUGCAAGCCUACAAAGACGUAAAUCCAGCGAGGGUGGCCAUGAAUAACAGCAUCAAACGCUCCUUCAACCAGAUGGCUCUGGGUGAAAGAAAACUGACAGACGUCGUAUGGAAGAAGAUGAGGGGUGACGGCUGUAUGGAUCGCUCCCUGAGCGCAGGAUCCCUCACAGAGUCGGGGUUGAUGGGACGGAUGUUGCCGGGCAACGGACCCCAGUUUCCUAGCUCGCUACAACAACACAGGACAUCUCAGUAUCCAGGGGAUGGGAUAAGGGGCCCAAAUGACAAACCUUUUUCCCGAAAGAGCUGCAGCUACACAGAGUAUAACCCGUUGCCUUCUAAUAAGACAGAAGGCAUUGCCAGUCGCUUGCUGGGCCCUACGUUUGAGCCCUCCUGUUUGCCGGAGCUGACCCGUUACGACUGUGAGGUCAACGUCCCACUGCAGGGCAGCCUCCACCUCCUCCAGGGCUGUGACCUGCUGCAAGCCCUGGACCAGUGCAUAUAAAGCCCCCUCCCCCCAAUUCAGAAACCCCACAAUAAGCCU